UAUGGUGUGAUUAUAAAUGAGAAGUCCACAUCGAGCAUGUUAACAGUUAGAAAUGAAUAAUGACUGUCCUGUGAUGCAAUCCCUCUCUAGAUUUCCUUCUCUAAUGCUUGAGCUGUGGAGAGAGAGCCUAAUACCGUAAUGCAUUGCCUUAGAUUUGAAACUUUCUGUAGAGCAAUUCUUGCCAAAUUCAGCUCCCUGGGCCAUAGAAAUUAAGGUAUUUAUUUUCCACCCCAAAAAUUGAUAACCAUGAUUACAGAAUAGAUUUAUGACGCCCUUCACAAAGGUUGUUUUCAUUCAACCAUGCACAUUACUCUCCAGCCACCCUACCCUUCCCCUCUACUCUUAUUCUCCUCGUCACCUUUCUGCUGUAUCUGUAAUCUAUUUAUAUGUGUAUAGACAUAUAAAUCAGGCUUCAUCUUUGUAAUUUAUAGCUCUUAAAAAGCAUGCAUGGAGUCUUCACAUCUUGUAUGUGAUGCUGAUUCCUUAUUACUUUCUUCAACUCCUAGUACUGAUAUUAAUACUAAUAGACACACCGAUAUUGAGCCACUCGAGCUCUUUCCCAGUGCAAGUUAUAGUUCUAUUCAGCAUACGCCAUUGCUGAGCUCCUUUCUUAGCUCACCACAUCCAUCAUUAAUUGAAAACCCUAAAGCAAGCAGUACUGAUGGAGACAAAGAGGAGGUUACUGUGGCCUUACACAUUGGCCUUCCUGAUCACUCUCAUAGCUCCAUCAAUCCAAAUGUUAAAGUACAUGCAAAUGUAGUCACCAAAUAUUGGAUACCGACUCCUGAACAGAUACUCAUUGGCUUCACUCAUUUUUCUUGCCAUGUUUGCUUCAAGACCUUCAACCGCUACAACAAUCUUCAGAUGCACAUGUGGGGUCAUGGAUCACAAUAUCGUAGAGGACCUGAAUCGCUCAAGGGAACUCAGCCACGAGCUAUGUUAGGAAUCCCAUGCUACUGCUGCGCAGAAGGGUGCAAGAACAAUAUACAGCACCCGAAAGCGAAGCCUCUAAAAGAUUUUCGAACAUUGCAAACGCAUUACAAGAGGAAGCAUGGACUGAAACCUUUCAUGUGCAGGAAAUGUGGGAAAUUCUUGGCUGUGAAAGGUGACUGGAGAACCCAUGAGAAAAACUGUGGUAAACGUUGGCUAUGCAUUUGCGGUUCUGACUUUAAGCACAAAAGAUCGCUCAAAGAUCACAUUAAAGCUUUUGGUUCAGGCCAUGGCCCUUUUCCUCCAUCAUCAUCAUAUGAUGGGAUUCAGCUAUUUGAUGAUGGGUCUGCUCUUGCUUAAGAAUUAAGAUUGUGUCAACUUCAUGCUAGGCUUACAUUUAAUUACAUGUUCCCUUCAGCAUAAUCCAGAUAAAUCAUCUCAUGUAUGACGUAUUAUCUCUGUUUAAUCCUGCAUCCUGUGUUGUGAAAUUUAAGAACAAACAAAUGAAUUGACAUGUUCCCCUUCAAACGAAAAUGUUGAUGUUGUUUUGCGC